AUGUCGUACCUAUAUCAACCAACACCGCUGGAACAAGCGUAUACUUUGUAUGUUGGUCAGCAGGUUUUCGGCGUUCUUCCUGGAGCCACCCAAAUUCAAAUCUCGGGUAGGGAUGCCGUCCCGUUCUUGACUCAAAGCAACGUUGAUCGUGGCAUUUUGCGGUCCUUGUGGACCGUUGCCGACCCUCAAAACAUAGGGACACUAUCCCAAUUAAAUCAACUUCAAUUGUUGCUUCGACUGGUGUCAAUGGCACAAACUGGGCUACUCAAUCCAUCAAUGACCGUUGAUACAGUGAAAUCUAUGGUGCAACAGUAUUCAUCACAACAACUGAAUCUACCAUCUUUUUCAUCAGUCAUGGUUCCCCAUCAAGAUCAACUCAUGAAUGCCUACGGAAGCUUUGUCAUUCAGAAUACUGUUCAGCCCGUGUCUACAACGUCGAGCCAACAAAGUGGUGGUGGUGGUGGUGGAUUCUGGUCCCUGUCCUCGUACAGCAGCCCAUCCCUGGUUGGAAAUUACGGUGGUCCGUCUCAGCAAACAACCGGAGGCUUUGGUGUUUCCCAGAGUUCGCUUGGUGGUGGGUUUCAGCAAUCGACCGUCUCAUCUGGGUUGUCCAUGGGGACCUCGUCGUUUGGCCAAACUGCAACUAUUUCCACUUUUGGCGUGUCGGCACCCAACACAAACACGGCGACUCCGUUGGCUCCACCAAGCCAGCGUUUUGGAGGGGAAAUUCCAGAAGGCUUCAACACAGCCACUCAACUUCCAACAGUAUCCGUCUCCGAUGCUUUUGGUGAUAUCGAUGCGCCAACGGAUGCUCCCUUGCCUUCCCUUGGUGAAUUUAGUGGCAGUGUCAAUGACGGUGGUUCGGUGGAUCAAUCGGAGAUUUCAGGUAGUUUGCAUCAAACUGGUUCCAAGGAAUCUAUUUCCAAUACUGAUAGUUUCCAAAGUGCCUUGCAAAAUACUGACAGUUUCCAAAGUGGUCCAUCGGUUCAAUCAGGUGGAUUCCAACAAGCUGACAUGGGUUCGUCAGUGAACGAAGGGUCGGAACUCCACCAACAGCCCCAACAAAGCGAUGCUUUUGGAUCCUUUGGGGGCGCAGCGCCAACAUCAAUGACCCCGCAACCAGCUCAAAGUGAUGACUUUGGAGACUUUACGACUUCAGACCAAUCAGCUGCCAUAGCAACAGCACAGAGCGAUGACUUUGGAGGCUUUGAGACCGCACCAGGUGCACCACCAGGUCCCAUGACUGACGAGUCAGAUCCAUUUGGAGCUAUGUCGAGUAGUCAAGACGCUCCUCUUCCUUCCUUGGAACAAACUUCCCAACCCUUCACUCAUCAACAAGCAGAGGAGGACGAUUUUGGAGGCUUUGAAGGUGCAGCACAUGCUCCAGUAAAUCAGGAUGCUGGAGACUCUGGCGCUUUUGGUGUCUUUGGAGGAAGCCAUGAUGCUCCUGUUCCCUCUCUGGGCCAAGUUUCCCAACCUGUUCUACAACAAGCACAGAGUGAUGACUUUGGAGUAGCACCUGUUCCUGGUUCUACGGUCGACGAGUCGGAUCCAUUUGGAGCCAUGAUAGAUGUUCAGGACGCACCUCUUCCAUCGCUGGAUCAAUUUUCGCAACCUGUCCCGCAGCAGCAAGGUGCGGAUGAGUUUGGAGGAUUUGAGGCUGCGAUGCCACCUGUACCACAAGCUGCAGCCGACGACUUUGGAGGCUUUGAGACAGCCGAAGCUCCACAAGCUGAUGAUGAUGACUUCGGAGGCUUUGAGACCGCCAAAGCGCCGGCUCCAACCCUAGUGAAUGACGAGUCGGAUCCAUUUGGACCACUGGCUGGUAGCCAAGAUGCUCCUUUGCCACUACUUGAUGAAGCAGCUCUACAAAUUGAACAAGAGUCAGAGGGGGGUGACUUUGGAGGUUUCGAGACUGCACAGCAAGCACCGGCUGCAGGCUCCACAACUGACGAUUCGGAUCCAUUUGGACCCAUCGCAGGUGCCCAGGAUGCUCCACUACCAUCAUUUCAACAACCAUCGCAAUCAGGCGAUUUUGGAGGAUUCGGGGCUGCAGCAGCAUCUCAGGUGGAUCAGCCAAGUGCGGAUUCAGAUCCAUUCGAACCCAUUGCAACUAGCCAAGAUGCUCCUCUGCCUCCAUUGGGCCAAUCAGCACCUUUGGAAGAGGACGAAAGUGACGAUUUUGGAGGCUUCGAGACAGCAGCACCAGCGAGCGCUGAUAUCAUUUCCGACAACUCAGAUCCAUUUGGACCAAGCCAGGACGCUCCGUUGCCAUCGCUCGCCCAACCAGUGCAGCCUUCCAGUGAAGAUGAAAGCUUUGGAGGCUUCGAGGCGUCAGGACCAUCUAGUACUAACGCGACAGACGAAGACUCGGAUCCGUUUGGACAAAUGGCAGGUACUCGGGACGCGCCUCUUCCCACCCUAGAUCAAUUUUCUCAAGCUGCACCGCAGCCAGCCGAGGCGGACGAUUUUGGAGGAUUCGAGGAUGCAACACCUGCUGCACUAGAACAGGCGGACGCCGAUGACUUCGGAGGCUUUGAGACCGCAGAAGGAACCACUCCAGUCGUUGACGAGUCGGAUCCAUUUGGACCGCUUGCCGGUAGGGAGGACGCCCCAUUGCCGGCCCUAGGCCAACCAUCACAGCGUACUUCUCAAGAAGACGAUUUUGGAGGCUUUGGGGAUGCGGUCGUCGACGACUCUGAUCCAUUUGGACCAAUUGCUGGAAGUGAUGAUGCGCCGUUACCAUCAUUGGGACAAAUUUCACAACCUGUUCCGCAAGAUCAAGAAGAUGACUUCGGAGGCCUUGAAGAUGUGGCUCCUGCAGCCGUGGAUGACUCUGAUCCAUUUGGACCGAUUGCUGGAAGUCAUGAUGCACCGUUGCCACCAUUGGGACAAAUGUCACAAUCUGUACCACAAGAUGACUUCGGAGGGUUUGAAGAUGCGGCGCCUCUCACAGCCGUGGACGACUCUGAUCCAUUUGGACCAAUUGCUGGAAGUAGUGAUGCACCGUUGCCACCAUUGGGACAAAUGUCACAACCUGUUGCACAAGAUCAAGAAGAUGAUUUCGGAGGGUUUGAAGCUGCAGUCCCGGCUUCUGUGGAUGACACAACUAACAAGCCUGAUCUUUUUGGGCCUAUGGAAGGUGGCCAGGAACCAAUCGAAAUAGUUCCAGCUACCCAAGCUUCAGGUCAACCGGGUCUCUUCGGUGGUGAUUUCAACGUCAUUCCAGACAAUGCAAGUAACAAUAAUUGGGGAGCCUUUGAUUCGAGUGCUCCGGCACCUCCACCAGCCCCUUCAAACGAUGCUCCGAAUGACAACCAAGACAAAUUUGGUGCCUUUAAUUCCAAUAUUGGUACAGCUGCGGGUGUACCUGCAGCUACCAUUGCUCAAGGUGACGAUUGGGGUGGCUUUGAUCCUACAAAUGCGCAGAGCAAUGACGAUGAUUUUGGGGCCUUUGACUCCAACACUGGCGUGACUUCUGCUACUUUGGCCCAGCUACCAGCUCAGGAUGAUGAAUGGGGUGCCUUUGAUUCCAACACUGGCACAGAUACAGCAACAGCUUCUGCUGUAGCAGGGUCAGACGAUGACUGGGGUGCUUUUGAUUCCAAUAUUGGAUCCGGUGCAGACGCACCUGCCCUGGAAACACCAGCACCGGACAAUAUUGACGCUCCAGUACCUGUCAGCACUGAACCCAAGGACGACGACUGGGGUGCCUUUGAUUCCAACGCUGGCACAGAUGCCCCUUCGGCUACAGUCGCGCAACCUCCAGCGCAAGACGAUGAAUGGGGAGGCUUCGAUUCUGGAGCUCCAACUCCUUCUCCCGCACUUUCCACUGACGGUGCUGUCUUCGUCGAUUCCAGUGCACCACAGCCGCCAGCCCAUGAUGAUGAUUGGGGCGCUUUUGAUUCAAGUGCUCCUGCUCCUGCUCCAGCACCACCUGCAGACACUCCAAGCAGUGAUGAUGACGACGACUGGGGUGCCUUUGAUUCCAACGCUGGCGCAGAUAUCCCUCCUGCUACAGUCGCGCAACCUCCAGCGCAAGAUGAUGACUGGGGAGGUUUCGAUUCUGGAGCUCCAGCUCCUUCGCCUGGACCUUCUAAUGAUGGUGGCGACUUUGGAGAUUCCAGUGCACCGCAGAUACCAGCUCACGAUGAUGGUUGGGGUGCCUUUGAUUCAAGUGCUCCAGCUCCAGCACCAGCUGCUGACAAUGUAAGCAGCGAUGAUAAUGACGACGACGACUGGGGCGCCUUUGAUUCCAAUGCUGACGCCGAUGUCACUUCUGCUACUGUCACGCAGCAACCUCCAGCUCCAGAUGAUGACUGGGGGGCAUUUGAUUCCAGUGCUCCAGCUCCAGCACCACCUGCCGACACUGCAAGCAGUGACGACGACGACGACUGGGGUGCCUUUGAUUCCAACACUGGUACAGAGGCACCUUCUGCUACAGUUGCACAACCUCCUCCUGCCGCCCAAGAUGACGAUUGGGGUGACUUUGGCAAGGCCACACCAGCCUCUCAAGGUCCUAGAUUUGACAGCUUUGCCUCCUCCACAAAUUACACUUCUGCCAGUGGCUCUGUUGAUGGAAACUUGUCGUCGGACGAUGAAUUUGGUGAUUUUGGAGACGCGGAAGGAAGGCGUGGUAAUGGUGGUGACCACAAGAAGCCCAAGAAUGGCACCCAAGACAAGAUCCGAGCCUAUGCUUCGCAACUUCCCGAAUCCUUGCUCCGCAAGUCUGGCUUGUCGGGAGAACAUGUCGACUUGGUGGAGUGUUUUGAAGUCAAUAUUGGUUCGGAUGCUGCUGUUUCCACUACUACCAUGGAUCCUGCCCACAAGGCCACUGUGGAUCGUUGUCUCCAAAUUUUGGCCAUUUUGAAAAAGAAGCGCAACUCCAAAUUGCCAUUGUAUUGGGAGCAAUUGUUUUUGGUGGUAAAGGAAGAACUUCAAUUUGGCAAACAACUCUUGAUGGAAGCCAGCAGCAAGAAACUCUCAAAGGCGGAGCAUGAAAAGAUUCAACAGCGAUUGGUAAUCAUGAUAUCUGGCUUUUGCGAAUACCUUCGUGUGGUUCGAUCCAUUGUGGGAACCAUUGGAGAUUUGUUGCUGUUGGAUGUCUCGGCCUUGUUGACCAUUGAUACCUAUGCUUCGACCUGGUGUUCCUUGGAUAUCCUGAAGAUUCCCGUCGAGAUUGAACAGCUAUGGAAAGAUAUUGAAAAGGCUGCUGCUGGCCUCUCGAUUCGUACCCUCCAAUCCAAACAACAGGACGAUACUAGCAUGAGUUUGACCUCUAUUCGCCGCAAAUCCACCGAACGAGCUGCAACGACCUCGGAGCAGCAACUCUGCGAAUUGACCUUGGUACCCUUGUCCAAACAAGAUCGAGAUACAACUUGUAGUAUCGUCUCCUGGCAAGGCAAGGGUUUCAUGGCUUGUUCGGCCAACAUUCUGGCCAACCGUUGCCCCUUCUAUGUGGUCGUUGAAUAA